AAAUGGCCUCCCACCACAACCUCUAACUACCAGUAUUACUCCUCUCAUCCAAUCAAAACAAGCUCAUUCUGCAGCUAUGGAUGCCUCUUUCCUUCUCAUCACCUUCUUCCUGGCUGGCUUAGCAGCUCUAGGGACCCUUUCGAUGAUGUCGGAGGCUCGAGCCUUCUUUGUUUUUGGUGAUUCUCUUGUUGACAAUGGCAAUAACAACUUCUUACUGACGACAGCUCGUGCUGACUUGCCUCCUUAUGGGAUCGACUACCCGACUCACCGGCCGACAGGCAGAUUCUCUAAUGGCCUCAACAUGCCUGACAUUAUCAGUGAGCACCUUGGGGCCGAACCGACAUUGCCUUAUCUCAGCCCUGAGCUCCGAGGAGAAAAACUACUCGUGGGCGCCAACUUCGCGUCGGCAGGGAUCGGAAUUCUCAAUGAUACUGGAAUUCAAUUUCUAAACAUUAUUAGAAUCGACAGGCAAUUGGUAUACUUUGAGCAGUACAAGCAAAGGUUAAGCUCGGUCGUAGGCGAGGCUCAGAUGAAGAAGCUUGUCAACCAAGCCCUCGUCCUCAUCACUCUUGGAGGCAAUGACUUUGUCAACAACUACUACUUGGUGCCCUUCUCCGCACGAUCUCGCGAGUUUGCACUUCCUGACUACGUUCGCUAUUUGAUCUCCGAAUACAAGAAAAUUCUUGGGAGGCUAUAUGAAUUAGGUGCCCGCCGAGUAAUGGUCACCGGAACCGGUCCUCUUGGCUGCGUGCCGUCAGAGCUUGCUCAAAGAGGUCGGAACGGCGAGUGCGCCGCUGAGCUGCAGAGAGCUGCAUCCCUAUUCAAUCCCCAGUUGGACCGAACUUUAAUUGAACUGAACAGAAAAUUUGGAUCAGACGUCUUUAUCUCUGCCAAUGCUUUCAAGAUGCAUAUGGACUACAUAUCCGAUCCAGGGUCCUAUGGUUUUGUUACAUCAAAAAUUGCAUGCUGUGGGCAAGGACCUUACAACGGGCUAGGGCUAUGUACUGCUGCAUCAAAUUUAUGUCCCAACCGCAACUUAUAUUCAUUUUGGGAUGCAUUCCAUCCCACAGAGAAAGCAAACCGGAUCAUCGUGAGCCAGUUCAUGAUUGGUUCCUCCGAGUACAUGAACCCCAUGAAUUUGAGCACCAUUCUAGCCAUGGAUGCAAGCACUUAGUUUCUUGAGAACUGAUCCAUUUCCUUUCCUUUUAGCUCCACGGAAUGUUCUCUUUGCUCGCCAGCAUUCGUUAUGUGUUGUGUGUCUGCCAUAUCCAGUGUAUCAUCUCUUGUGUGGUUCAAAGUUCGAGCCCGAGAUUUCAUGCAUAAGUUGGCUAUGGAUUAAUAAACUAAUAUGUAGCCGUUGAGCAUGUUGGUUUCUGGCGCAUAAUAAUGGGGACAUGUUGUCGAAAUUAUACCUUAUAUAUCUAGCGUGCACGCACCAUGCCGAUCACUGUAUCUCCUUUCUGUAGGCUAACCAUUUAGAUGAGUGUACGAUGAAUGGAGCCCAUAGGAAGAAGAAUGAGGUGAUUGGUGUGGUGCACUGCUAUGUGGUGCAUGCGGUGUAGGAUGUGCUAAAUUUUGUGGAUGUUUGAACUGUGGAUUUUCUUUCAUACAAAAUAAAAAGGAGUGUGAAUUGGACUUC